AUGCGCCUCCCUCACCUCCACCAGUAUAUUUUUAAGGUCCGCACCGAUAAGAACCACGUAGCACACACGUUACCACACCGUUCGACUUAAAUAUAUCGAAGUCGUCCCAAUUGACUAAUUUAUGUCGACUUAAGCCAAAUCUAUUUUCAAUACUCUCGCAAAAAUGCAACGUAACAUCGACACAUUAACGAAAACAAUCCACAAAUACCUCGAACGUAACUCACUCUACGUCGAGAACCCACCGUGGGAAAUAAGAAAAUCAGACUUGGGUGGAUUCGGAGUGUUUGCCGCAAGAUCCAUCGAGACUGGAGAACUGAUCUUCCGAGACUAUCCAAUAAUCCUGGGACCCCGCGCAGCCCUCACGUGUCCUCCACUGUGUGUUAAUUGCUACGGCAAGGACAAUCUGAGACCUUGUGAGAAAAAAUGCGGUCUCAAGUUGUGUUCAGACAAGUGUCAGAAUUCUUCAAAACACCAGAAGGAGUGCAAGAUUGUCAGACAAUGGCAAACUCGACCCAUCCCAGAGGAGCUGUCAGAAAAGCUGGGCAAGGUAUUCUCACCCAUCCGGGCCAUUUUGCUCAGCGACGAAGACAAAAAGGUAGUUAGGUGUCUUAAGGCACACAUUUCAGACCAGCACGGGUUUGAGGUCGACGUUAUGAAGAAAGUUCUUUAUUUGGAUGUCAAAGAAGACGAAGAAAUGUUCAUGAGGUUCGUGUGUUGUGUUAUGGAUGCUAACGCGUUUGAAGUAAUUGUAGGGAGCGAAAAUAAUCAGUCUAGUGUUAAAGGUUUGUACCCUUUGGGUAGUUUGGCUAACCAUUCUUGCACUCCUAACACGAUUCAUGUCUUUGACAACAACCAGCACAUGAUUGUCAGAGCGUCAACUUUCAUCCCUAAAGGGACGGAAAUCUUCCAUUCAUACUCGAGGGUCAUCUGGGGCACCCCAACCAGACGCUUCCACCUCUUUCGUACUAAACACUUCCUCUGCAAGUGCCAAAGAUGUGAAGACCCGACUGAGUUCGGGUCUUACGUCAGUGCCAUUUUGUGUAAAAAUUGUAAAACGGGGAAAGUGAUCCCCAUCGACCCUCUCAUCCACAACGGGAAAUGGCAGUGUGAGGGUUGCGCCGAAAGCAUAAACAAAAAAGAUGUAGCAGCCCUUUCUUCCUUACUUGGUAGUACUUUAAAUAGCUUCACCAACGACGAUGUCGAAAUCAUGCUCAAAUUCAUAACCACAAAGCUCGCCACUGUCGUGCCUGAAAACAACGAAACAGUUGUUGAACUCAAAUACAAGCUAAUUUGGAUUUUAGGACAUGAACGAGGCUUCACAUGGACAGAACUGUCAGACGAUCACCUUUUGGCUAAAGAAAAAUUCUGCGGGGAACUCCUAGCCUUGUUGGAGCUUCUUCGUCUGGGACAGUGUAAGAUGAGAGGUUUACUCUUGUACGAGCUCUACUGUUGCCACGCCGAACAAAAAAGGAGGCAAGCAAAAGCUGGAAGUGCUUCCAAGACAUCAGACAAAAGUUUACUUCUAGAAGCUGCCGACAUCUUGAUGUACGACGUUGGGGCCCCUCCCGAAAUCAAAAAAUUGUGGCCAGAUGAAAUAAAGCUAAGAGAGCAAUAAUACAUAAUGUACAUGUACUUUGACGUAUUAUAAUUAUAUAUUUUCAUAUUUUAUGUUAUAUUUUUAAAUGAAAAAAUGAAAAUAUUUUA